CUGCUGUGCGCAACAAAUAAGAAAAUAUUUGAAAUCUUGUAAAUUAGCAUAGGACAUCUCAUGGAGGCGAUUCGAUUACCUUCAUCUGCCACGGAUAUCGGACCAAUUGCGGAAAAGUCAACUCCAAAUUUGACAGUGGAGUUGACAGAAUCUGUGAUUAAAGUAGGCGAUGCUUUAGAAAUAGCACAUGCCACAAUUCCGACAGCAGAUUCAGCAGCAGGCACAAGCAUUUUAAAAUCAGAGCUCUUACGGACUUUGCCUAUUACAAAUCAAAUUCACAAUCCUCCCAUAGAGAUUCAAAACGAUCAAAAACCUAUAAGUUCAUCCUGUACCAUCAAACGCAAGCGAUUUGAUGAUUUAGGCGAGUACGACGCGACGCUACCAAGAACUCGCAGCGGAGUUAAUACAGCAAUUAUAAAGAAAACUACACAUCCAGAGACACGAAGUUCGGCAGAAACCCUUUUGCCUGGCACUUCUAUUCAGGUGACAGAGCCCUCAACAGAAGCAACAAUCAAUCAACCCACUUUACCGAUCCUUGCUGCUAAAAGCGUAUCCCAUCCAAAGCCCACAAUGCUGCGUGCCCAGUCUAGUAAGCGUCGAUCACGACCACGAGCACGACCCCGACCCCGAUCAGCGCGUUCGACAAAUAAAAAGACCCAUCAGCGCCGCCGCCCAGUUGGUCCAAUAGCCUCGAAGGGUCUAGGUCGUUGGAAACCUAUUGAUGAUCUAGCUCUUGUUAUUAAUGUACAACAAACAAAUGAUUUGCGUAUGAUUCAUCGGGGAGUGAAGUUCUCUUGCAAGUUUACAUUGCAAGAACUGCAGCAGCGUUGGUAUGCCCUGCUGUACGAACCAGCUGUAUCCCGUAUAGCUGCCGCCGCUAUGCGUAAUCUACAUCCAGAACUGGUACACUCCGUACAACGCAAGGCCUUGUACAGUCAGCAAGAGGAGGACAUGUUGGGCACCAUCAAAAGCACGGAAACUCCAAAACUGGAACAAUUUCAGGAAUUGUUGGACCAAAACGCCGCGAUUUUCUAUUCGGCUCGCACUGCAAAAUCUCUUCAAAAUCAUUGGCUUCUUCUUAAGCAGUAUUAUUUGUUGCCCGAUCAAAGCGUAAAACCCCUGAAAGAAACGGAGCCGUUGACCUUCUCGGAUGCCGAAGAAGAAUUAAACGACCAUGAUUUGGAAGACCAUUAUGAUGAGGCUGUGGACAAAGAAUUAAAACUUGAAGAUCGCCGUAUUAAACGCGAAAUACGUCUGCUAGAAAAUGAACUCUUCCGUUGGGGCAUCCUGGUCGCUUCGUCAUCGGCCACAAAUUUUGACAACCAAUCCCUGGCAUGCUUGUGUGGACGCAAUGUGCGCUACUUGAUGCGCUCCAAGGAGAUCUCUUUCGGUCGUGAUACCAAGCACCAUGUCGUGGAUGUGGAUCUUAGUCUAGAGGGCCCAGCGGCUAAAAUUUCUCGUCGUCAGGGCACCAUCAAGUUGCGCAGUAACGGCGACUUCUUCAUUGCCAAUGAGGGUAAGAGGGCUAUCCUAAUCGAUGGCAAUCCAGUCUUAAGUGGCCAUAAGAAACGUCUAGCAAAUAAUUCCACUGUGGAGAUAUGUGGACUGCGUUUCACUUUCCUGGUCUACUAUGACCUCAUCAAUGCAAUUCGCCUGGAGAAUGCCAAAACAACGAAUCCUCUUGGAUAAUAUUGCUCUGUUCAAGGUCAUGCUAAAUGUAAUACAUUCAAUAUUCUUAAUGAACACUGUUCAAAACAAGUUCUGAAAAUAAAUAACAAUAACGAACAAGAACAAGAA